GCACUAGCUGCGGUGUCUCAGCCACUCAUUAUUCACAUCCCUCUUCAACCCCUGGAGGUGUAUGACGUGAAGGAGGGGUGUAGUAUGCACCAGUUAUCGAGCCGGACUAAGUGGGGCGGUGGGCAGGAGGACCAGGCGAGUAGCGCGUACUCCACUGACGGAAACCAGAGUUGACGGAAAGUGUGCUAAUGGCGCCGUCACAUCAGGACGGCGCCAUUAGCAUUAGUAGUAAUGGGUAGUGGGUACAGUGACGGCGCCUGUACCCACUACCCCUUACUACUACUACCACUUUAAGUUGUAGUCUACAACUAAAAACUCUGCAUUCCUGCUUGUAUUAUAGUGGUAUUGUAAAACCGCACUUAUCUACAUUACAAACAACAGAUAAGUUGAAUCUUAUCUAGCUUUGCAGGUGCAUGAGUAACUGUAUCAGUCCGUCCGUUACGUGUGUGUCGGGGAAACGGCUUCAACUAAUAGAAUAGGUUCAUAGGUUAUGAAAGAAACUUGAAACUGAAAACUGUGCCAUAGAGAGAAUAUUUAAGUGAUACACUAUUCUUAUGAAACCACUAUUAGUGUCCUGAAAUAUUUGUGUGAGGUCCACUGUGUCCCCUGCCACAGAACACUCCCUGCCUGUGCACUGGAAGGAGGCAAGGCAGUGUGUGUUCAUUUCAUUGCCUGGAAAAUGGCACAUUUGUCCCAAAUAUUAACCGUAAGAGGCUUCUAUCAAUUUCUGAAGGGAAUCUGUAUGUGGCUGAAUACUUUUCCUUAUUUUGACAUCUGCCUUUUCCGGAAUUACUUCUUGGUGUGCUUGGGUGUGCACUGUGUGGCGAGUGCUGGCCUGGGCUGGCUGGCCGCUGCUGUGUUCUGCAAAGUGCUGCACGACACGUGGAGAAGCAGGAACAAGGCUGCAGGAACACCGGAGGCUGACGAGAGAGAGCCAGCGCGUGAAUCAGUGCGGAGAUUAAAGUCAUCCUUCGAUGGAGAAACAGCAGAAUGGUUAAACAAGAUCAUCCGCCAGCUGUGGCCUGGUGCAGGUCAGUACAUCUAUGACCUGCUCAAGUUUUCUGUGGAGAAGCUCAUCCAGGCUAACCUCAAGAAAGAGAACAUCAUUAAGCAUGUCUUCUGCUUCGAGGACAUCAGCCUGGGGGACACUCCCUUCACACUGAGUGACAUCAAGGUCCUCAGUCAGACUGCAGAGAAUAAUGAGAUUGUGAUGGAUAUGAACUUUGUGUACGCUGGUGAUUGCAGGAUUGAAAUCAACAUGAACAGAAAGCACCUGAUUCUGGAUUGUCUUCAGAUUGAAGGCAAGGUGCAAGUGGUGAUGAAGCCUCUAAUGGGACGAAUUCCCCUGAUUGGAGGACUGCAGGUCUUCUUCCUCCGUGAGCCAGAUGUCAGAUUCACCCUCCAUCCAUGGGAGCCAGUGUACAAAAGAAACUUGUGCCGUCAGGUUAAGAAGAUGAUCGCUGACCAGAUGGUGGCACCCAACUGCUGGCCCAUACAGCUGGUGGAGGAGAUCACUAUUGAGGAGCUGAAGGAUAUUUCUCCAGCUGCCCAGUUGAUGCAACAGCAAAGUGACGGUGGUGGUGGAAGGCAAAGGGUGAUUGGUGAGGGGAACCUGGUGCUUCCCUCAGCCUUUCCUUGCACCACACAGUAACUCUUCAUUACCACAUUCACCACCUCCCUUCCCUUCACUGACUGUUUUCAUCUCUCACUCACUGCCACUGCUGUCUUUUCACUUUACUGUAGCAAUGCAUUUCACUGCAUAUCCUUGUCUCCUCGUCCUGUUAAAUAUGCUACUGUGUUCUCCUGACGCUGUAUUUCCUUGCUGAUGUAAAUCUACAUCUGUCUUCUCUUUUUGCCACGCAUUUAUACAGCACAGCCAUGUUUCCUCUUUUCUGUUUUUCUUCCACCAUGAAUAACUAUAGCUUCUCUAGCCUUUCCUCACAUCUUGUAUGUAAUGAAGGGAGUGGUGCAAACUGAUUGUGUUAUAGAAGUGGCAUAAGAAUGCGACAGUUCCUUAGAAGAGGGAGGAGACACGCCGGAAUGGGUAAAGCCCUAUGCACAGUCACCAUAAUCGCCACGACAGCGCUACCAGAAGAAAGUUUUGGCCUUUUCGUGGCAUUUCAUUGCGUGUUGCGUCAGUCACGACAGCGGAACGACGCCAUUACGAGGGCGCUACACUUGCGUCACGAUAGUGUACGACGUCACGAUUAGCAUAAUUUUUUAGUUUUAACGGUAAUAUUUCAGUCACGACAACAGUACGAUGAUAAAUACAGUCAUGACAGAGUCACGUUGGUGACACAACGUCGUCACAAGCGCCGCCCACAGGCCUCCCUGGACGACUGCGUGGACGUAAGCAAGAUGGGUGGAAUCACCUAAACGUAGUAGUACGUGGAGCUUAAAAGUUUUAGUGCAGUUUUAAAAUCAAAGAUCUGAUGAUUACGUAGGAGUAGAAAUGAUUGUAAGAUACUUAAUUUCGUAAUAUUAAUUACGUGAAUCAAUGCGAUGUGUUUUCUUAAUAAAUGUUAAUUACAAUUAUUGAGUAUUAACUGUAUAUGUGAAACUGACAUCAUAUAUAUGUGUUUCAUGCAGGAAGAUUACAUUAAUUAUUGAAUAGUGACCGUCUUUGAAGGCAUACUAAGAGGCAUCAUGUACUGUUAGGUACAUCAUGUCCUGUAAGGUGCUUCGCGAGCAAGGUUUUUUUUUUAUUUAUUUUUUCUUAUUUAUUUAUUUAUUUUUUUUUUUUUAAGAAAUGUAAAUAGUAUUGACAUUUUUUUUUAAUUAACUGAGUAUAGGCAAGUCCAGUAGCCUAACAACAGACUACCAAUCUGUGCAGCAUCUCAGUCACGCCACAAGUAAGCCAAUGCUUGAUAAAUAAGGACUAGAUAAAUAGUAAACAGAGUGGAAUCAAAAACCUUUCUUCUCAUCAACGCCUCUCCUCUGAGUGUCUUCAGCCUCUCACUCUCGCUGCAAAGUUGCAUCUUUCUCUAUCUUCUACUGGCACUUCCAUGCUAACUGCCUUCUGAUCUUUGUAAAUGCACGUCUUCCCUCUUCCCGCGGCUUCGCUGCACAAGGCCUACUGUUUUCACUCCUAUUCUGUCCACCUUGCAAGAGUUACAGAGUUUACUAGUUAACUGGAACUCCUUAUCUGUUUUUGUAUUUUUUUUCCAACCUAUGACUUAACUGUAUCAAAAGGGAGGUUUCAAGACACUUCUCUAUUUUUAUCUCAGCAAAUCACUAUGCUGAAAUCAGCUUUCACAUGAACUAUGCCGCGUCCGUGUCUUUAAGAGAGAUUUUUUCAUUGUUUUAACGUUUUUUUUUAAUCUGUUUUACUUGACGGUCUGAAGAUGUGAUUGUGUUUUCCCGAAACCUAACCAAAAAAAUAAAGAUAUGCUGCCAGUAUUGUGCGUCUACACUUUCCUCUGCAACGUAAGAUUCCGUGCGAGUAAGCCUUUCACACACACACACACACACACACACACACACACACACAUCCUUCUAUCCUUUGCAGUUUUAUCGCAAGUCCACCUUUCCAUCUCACUCUGUUUUCCCCUUGAUCUUCCUUGCCGUGUCUGUGGCGUUGUCGGUCAGUCCUCGAAGCCUAGAUCUGCCCUCUGUGCCGGUAUUAUUUGGUUUGGAGUCUUUUAUUGCGGAUUGCCUUGACGUAGUGUGUUCACGUACUCCUGUCUCUCUUCCUCUUGCUCUUCUUCCUUCUAACUUUCCUGUAAUAUAGAGAUUUUAUAUUUUUCUUCUCCUUAGCACAUGUCUCAGAAAACGUAGUUGUCUCUCCCACAUGUGUUAUUUAUUUUUAUGACUUUUUGUUGCUUUAGACCAGAGCCCCUCUUACAUAAAAAUAGGCACUUCUCAGAUUUUGGAUAAUCCUUUCCUGAUUAUGGUCUCUGGGGACUGCCAUCUUCAGUGGACUCUUUUUUUUUUUUUUUUUUCUUUUCAUGCCUUAUGUUUCCCUAGGCCCCUCUUGAAAAAAAAAAAAAGCUAGUGAGUGAGAGCAUAAGUGAGUGGGAGGGGAGUUACCAUGCUCACGUGACAGGCUUGGUGACACGGAGCACAGUGGGUUGGCCUCCUCUUGCCCCGAGAAGUCAGUUAGCAGCAAGGGAGUGGCCCCUGUUCUUAUGGCUUCACUCCUCCUCCCCCUCCAUCACUCUCUUCCCUAGCUUUAACACAGCCGUCACCGCCGCUAAUGCAGCAGCCACAGUUUGUCUGCACCUGUGUACCGCCAAGCACCUGCACCGUGACAGGAGUGCUACCUAUACCGCAGCCACGGGCGAUCCGAGCGAGGCCCCGCUGGCACUGAGAUUAGCGAAGGCCAAUAAUUAACUAAGGUACAGGUGAGAGUAAAUAAAUAAAUAAAUGCGUAAAUAGAUAGAAAUACCGGACAUUUGAACAUCUGAGCCGAGCGAAACACAAGUAAACCACAAAAAAAAAAAAAAA